CUCCCCGCCUCCGGCCGCCGGCGCAGCAGUGGUGGCUAGGCAUCUCCAAAAGGGGCCCUCCGACUCUUCUCCGGCUAGUCCGGCACUUGGUCGUGGAGCCCCGCAAUACUCUCUCGGGUCCCUGAGCCGCGAUCCCUUCUCCCCAGAGUUGUGAGCAACUUUCCCCGAUCUCUGGAGCUACUGUGGCUUGGGGACCUUUGCCGCUGCAGGUUGCUGAACCCCGGGCCCCGUACCUCGGCUUCGCUCUCGCUUAGGUCCAUUCCCUAUCCUGGUGCACCCUGGGGGUCCCCUACCUCGGCUUUGAGGGCGAGAUGCCUCUGGGACACAUCAUGAGGCUGGAUCUGGAGAAAAUCGCCCUGGAGUACAUCGUGCCCUGUCUGCACGAAGUCGGCUUCUGCUACCUGGACAACUUCCUGGGCGAGGUGGUGGGAGACUGCGUCCUGGAGCGUGUCAAGCAGCUGCACUACAACGGGGCCCUGCGGGACGGCCAGCUGGCCGGGCCGCGCGCCGGAGUCUCCAAGCGGCACCUGCGGGGCGAUCAGAUCACGUGGAUCGGGGGAAAUGAGGAGGGCUGCGAGGCCAUCAGCUUCCUUCUGUCCCUAAUCGACAGGCUGGUCCUGUACUGCGGGAGCCGGCUAGGCAAAUACUACGUCAAGGAAAGGUCCAAGGCAAUGGUCGCUUGCUAUCCAGGCAACGGAACAGGUUAUGUUCGCCAUGUGGACAACCCCAAUGGUGACGGCCGCUGCAUCACCUGCAUCUACUAUCUGAACAAGAAUUGGGACGCGAAGCUACAUGGUGGGAUCCUGCGGAUAUUUCCAGAAGGGAAAUCAUUCAUAGCUGAUGUGGAGCCCAUUUUUGACAGACUCCUGUUCUUCUGGUCAGAUCGCAGGAACCCACAUGAAGUCCAGCCUUCCUAUGCUACCAGAUAUGCUAUGACUGUUUGGUACUUUGAUGCUGAAGAAAGGGCAGAAGCCAAAAAGAAAUUCAGGAAUUUAACUAGGAAAACUGAAUCUGCCCUCACUGAAGACUGACUGUGCUCUGAAAUCUGCUGGCCUUGUUCAUUUUAGUAAUGGUUCCAGAAUUCUCUUCUAAGAGUUGAGAUCCAAAGAUGACCUCUUCAUUGACCAUAAGUUCCCUUCUACUGCUUGUAUCGUUCACAUCCCUGUCUUGUAUGUGGUACUUCGUGUUUUCUUGCCAGGACUUCAUUGACCUUUAAAUACUGUCUUCUCCAGAUGAAUUCAUUUGCUAACUCCAGAAAGACCUACAGACAUCCUCAUUGGCCAGCGGUUUAACUGAUAGAUUUGGCGAUACUGGCUAUCUAAACAAGAGCCUGGGAGCACAGAAAUGAAUUUUACUUGCACUUUAUGUACAUUUCCUGAUUUGAAAGGAGGAGGGUUGCAAAGAAAAAAAUUUGUGACAGAUGCCACAGAGAGACAUCACUGAAGCCUUAACAGCAGGAGACAGAAAUUGGUGUCAUCUGAACCAUUUCCGGAUGUUGUUAAUCCAGAGCUGUUAGGGUUUCUGGAGAAUUACUACAACCCAAUGAAAUAUUACCUCUAGAAAGGGCUGUUGCAUUGUGAUCAAUUUAUAAGCAUCCCAUGGUGCAGACACUCCUUUUUCCUGGUUCUACAAUUUGGACUUUAUGCCUCUACCCUAUUUUGCUGAAAAUCAUGAUUUUCUGAUUGAAGAUGACAUCACCACUCAUUCUUUAUUUUCUCCUUUUACUUGGGAGAUGCCACUUACCCGGAAGUCCAAACUAGACAUUGUUUUGGUGGUUUUGUUGGAAUGGGGAUUUUAAUUUAAAUCAGCAGACAAAAGUCUACCUGGCAGUUUAGUGUUAGCCUCUGAAAACAGUGUGGAAAGAUCUAGGUCUGCUGAUAGACAGUGAACGUGUGUGCAUUGUGAACAGUUGUUGGAGAGGAAGAUGGAGUU